AUGACUUUCACCAAAAUUGUUAUUGCUGGCAGCUCUGGCCGACUCGCCGAUCAUGCCAUUCCCGCCAUAGUCAACUCAACGAAGCCCAAGUUUGACGUCACCAUUCUCACUCGCGUCAAAAGCGAGGAGAUAGCGCCUAUUCCUGGUGCGAAAGUUAUCCCAGUCGACUACGCGGAUCAAGCAGUCUUGGUACGCGCCAUUACUGGCGCAGACGCCAUUGUCUCUCUUGUAUCAGGAAAGGCAAACACACAAGUUGAUCAAGCACUCCUUGCGGCAGCAAGAACAGCCGGAGUGCGACGAAUCUUCCAAUCCGAGUACACCUUCGAUGUCUUACACCCAAAGGCCAUAUCUCUCUUCACCGAAGGCCCUUGGCCCGCGAAUUUCACGCCCCUGGUUCCCAAUGCGCGCAAAUUCUGCGCACUUACGGAGGAGAAUGGCCCUACAAGUUUUACUACCCUCAUCCCUGCGGCCUUUCUCGAUUCAUGGCUCUGUGGCGAUUUCGGGACCUUUGACCCUAAAAACCACCAGGUGACGCUGCAUGAUGGGGGCGACAACCCCUUCACAGGCUGUUCUACCUCUUUCAUCGCUUCAUGCAUUGUCGCCGCACUGGCGAUGGAUGAAGAGAAGACUAAGAAUAAGCGUAUCCCGAUUAGUGAGGUCCGAACGACCAUGAACGAAGUGGUGAGAGCUUUCGAGGACGUGACGGGCAAGGAGUUCAAGAAAACCUACACAACUACGGCGGCCAUCAUCGAAAAGCGUGACGGCGCUCUUAAGGGAGGCCAGAUUGGACCCGCCGCGUUCCUUAGUAUUUUGGCAGGUGCAUUUGACGGGAGCGGUGCAGGCGAUCUCCCUGAUGGCCUGGAAUUUGACGGGGAUGGGCAUCUGACUACGAAGCGGAGAACUGUGAAGGAGUUGGUGAUUGAUGCUGUCAAGAAAGCCACGCCUUGA